AUGGCGAAAGGCAAGACCGCAAAAGAUUUUCUCCCUACUGUUGAUUCAGAGAGUGAUCUGGAGUACAGCGAUGCUCCUGCGAGCAAAUAUCUGAUGAAGAGUUCGCUCGACGAUGAGGCUGAUUUCGAAUCCGAUGAAGAAGAGGAAAGAGUGUUCCAGACAAAGUCUCUGAGUAAAAAGUUCGAAAAUGAAGAAGACGAAGAGCUGGCUGAAGAAGACGAAGAGUCCAAUGAGGAACUGUCACGACUGCAAAAGAAAGAUGAAACCUCGAGCAUGGUAUCAGAGCAGAAGAAGAGGUCGAAGAAGCUCAAAAGGCUCACACCUGAACAGCUCGCAAAAGAGCAGAAAAAGAUCAAGAAAACCGGCGUUUGCUAUCUUUCCAGCAUACCCCCCUAUAUGAAGCCCGUCAAGUUGAGGUCUGUUUUGUCGAGGUUUGGAAAACUAGAUAGAAUCUUCUUGAAACCCGAGGAUGAAGCUUCCUACAAGAAAAGAGUGAAGUAUGGUGGAAACAAAAAGAAGAAGUACACAGAAGGAUGGGUGGAGUUUGUCAAUAAGAAGGAUGCCAAGUUGUGUGCUGAAACCAUGAACGGUAACAUUUUGGGUGGUAAGAAAUCAUCAUACUACCACGACGACAUCAUGAACAUCAAGUACUUGUCAGGCUUUAAGUGGUUUGACUUGACUCAACAAAUUGCAAAGGAGAAUGAAAUUAGACAAGCUAAGUUAUCCAUGGAGAUAUCUCAGCAGCAAAAACUCAACAAGACUUUUGUCAACAACGUUGAACGCUCGAAACGUGAGCAGCGUAAGAGGAAAGCCGAAGGCGAACAGGCAGACAAGGAAUCAUUUCAUAGAGAGUUCGAUCAGAGGGACAUUACGAGUACAAGGCACGAUGCAAAGCCUCAGUUCAAGAAAGCUAAGAAUAGUGAUAAUUUGGACAGUGUCCUUUCCAAGGUAUUUUAA